UUGGUGAGGAUCUGAGGGUGGCGGCCAUGUGUUGUGGCGGGGAGGUGUAGCGACGCGGGAGGCAGCUUCAGUUUUAAAUUUUGUCGCCACUGAUAGCACGUGCAGGGGACGCGAGCUGGUAUUCACUGCAGCGAGUGGGCAAUAUGGAGUUUGACAUGGUACUGCCGGCGAUAGCGGGAGCCUCGGGAGUGUUUGCCGGGUCUGCUGUUCUGUAUAGCAAGCUAAGACAACGAUUCCCAGUAAAGGCCAAUUGUUGGUUCUGUAAUAAGGACACUAAAGUAGAAUUCAGACACCAAGAAAGCUGGGAAUGUCCAUCUUGCCAGCAGUACAAUGGGUUUACAGAGGAUGGGGACUACAAUCGUGAUAUUCCUGCCCAGUACUGUGAAAGUUUAAACUUGCCAUUGACAAAACACAAGGAGAAGAAACAGAAGAAUCUUCCAACCCUCGCCCUUGGCAAUGGACUGUGCCAAACUUGCAAUCUCAACCAGACUCUCAAAGUACGAGCAUUAGCUGAUUAUACACCAAUUCACCCUGAUAACUAUGAUAAGGAAAUUGAAGAAUAUAGGAAAAGAUUAGAGAGGACAUAUGCCCUCUGCCGGCAGUGUGAGGCAACGUUACAUCAGACCCUUGGCAAACAGGAUUCCUGGCUCAAGCCAAAGCUUAUAUCUUGGAGACUACAUCUGACCUCUGAGAACAAGGCAAAAUUUUUUACUAAUGCCGUAAGUGAAUAUCAGAGAAUUCCCUUUUAUCUUCACCUACUUCAUAUGACUGGACUCCUGGUCUCUGUAGCACUCUUCCUCUGCAACAUGCACCACCUGCAACAAGACUCGGGCAUACAUCUGGUUUCUCUCAACUUUGGUGUGGAAUUGGAAUUGUACCUCGCCACCAUUUAUAAAUUCUCCUCUCCAAUGAUUGUCACAGGAUUGUCCAUGCUCCUCAUGAACAUUUUCUCUUCUGGAAAGGAGACUUUACUAGUAUCUGAUGCUGUUGCAAGUUUUAUCUGGGUUGGGUUGCUAGCAUUGUGUUCCUCAAAACAGCUCCUACCAGCCAAAGAUUAUAAUUCCCUUCAGGUUCUCAUUUCUGGAGCUUGUGUGUUUUUCACCCUAUGGACAUCUCUUGUUCCUCGAAAUUUCAAGAAUACAAGGAUGAAUAUGAAAGCACGCUUGAAUAAGAGUAUGGUGAGUGAAACCUCCAGUGGUAACAUUGAUGACUCUAGGUGUACCCUUAAUGGCAGUGUUUGUGAUGACAUAAACAGCUUAACCCCACCAUUUUCCCCUCAUCGAAAUGAAAGUACAAUAAGCCCUGUUCGACUCUCAGCUAAUGAAAAUCAUACUGUGGCAGACACGUUGGACACCACUUUGAGUGGCUUGAAAAUAAGCACUCCAUUAAAAAGCAAUUCCAUGAACCGCCCUAAUACACCCUUUUCACCAAAACUGCUGUUUUCUGGAAAACCUGGAUAUAACCCUAAACAUAAUGAUACAUAUUGCAGUCAGAGAAGUAUUGGGAGUCCACCAAGAAUCUCGACCAAAAACAUCACACAGUCUUCAUGGGUUGCUGGGGGUUAUUGGGGUCACCCUGUAAGUCCUUCCCGAGAAUUUUCACAGCAUGUGGUCCCUCAUUUAGGACCAGCACAGCCAGGCCAACCGUCCAUGUACCCUCUGUCUCGUUCCUCUAGUCAGAGUUCGGGAUUUGUCUCUCAGAGUAGUGGGCUACCACCAUACACGGCGGCGCAUGGACCCUGCAGUUUACCUACUUCAUGCCAUGGUUCCCACUAUGGGGAACUGGACCGAGGUUCAGUUCUGUCAGAGCCUGCUUACAAAGCCUGGGGUUAUUCACCAUCUCUCUAUCCUUCUGAUUCAGCAUCCCAGUAUAAUUAUAGCCGAUGCCAAGGACGAGCAAAGAGCGAUGCUCAAUCUUUGUACAGCUGUGCUUCAGUCUUAUCAGAUUGCUCUUUACAAAGGACACCUCCAUCCCCUACAGCCAGUAGUUCAUAUCUUUACCAAACACCUCAUGGAAAUCUUAGUGAAAACUCAAGCAAUACCAACAGCAGUAGAAACACUACUAAAGUGCAGACAGCAGACACAACAGUUAUGGAAUUUAAGAAUAACAAUCCAAAACAGUAUAUGGCUCUUUAUCGUAAUCCAUGGAUUGCAUUUUUCCUUGGCAUGAGUAUUGCUGCAAAUGGGUUUCUUGUUGCCAUAAUUUACUUACAUGCAGAUAUAAAAAGUUUCCUCACAAGUUAAUAAAUAUAAUUUUAUUUUAGGCAUACAACCACAUUUGUUGACCUCUGUCUGUGGUAAAAGUUAAUUAAUUUUUGCAAAUGAUUGUGGUCCUAAUUCAGAAAUUUUUUGAAGGCUGAAACCCAGUCACAAAUACUAAAUUGUAAAGAUUUUUGUUUCAUUGUGAGAUUUUAUAAUUGUUUUUUAAAAGACUAAUGCCCUGUUUGAAGAGUACAAAGGUAAAACAAAACUACAGCCUUAGUGUAUAGAAUCAGUCGUGUGUGUUUAUGAAACCUUUUCAGGUGAAAUGCAAGCAUAACUCAGGAUCAUUGUUCAAGAGUAUUUCUUGCAUUUACAGCCAUUCCAUUUUCCUCAUUUGUGUUCUGUACAACUGUGAUAGUGUUUAAAGGUAGUUACAUAAUGGAUGGGACCAGUUGUUGCAGGGAAUUUCUGAGUAGAGCUGCCAAUUACAAAGGAAGUUUAUCUUGUCAAUCAAUCAUGAAAAACUCACCCCCUGUAAAAUGCUGUGGUCUCUAUUAUAAUAUCUUUGACAUUUAUUUUGUAAAAUAUCCAUAUUCUAAGAAUUGCGAUAUUUAAAUUCAUUGUAGUAGAUUUAUGCUGUAGUUAGAAGAUGAAAUACUGUAUUAUGUUUUGGAAAAAUGAUUUACUGUAUUGCUUGAAAGUCUGGUUUUUUGUUAGUGCAGGAUACAGUAAUAUCUCUGUUAGCCAGAAUCCUUCAAACCCAGAACUCUGCGAUAGCCGGAAUUAAAUUUUUCUCGGAAAAUCAUUUCCAAAGCCAGAAUUUUCCGGAAAAUUCCUGCUUUGGGAAAAAUUUUCCGAGGGGCACAUUCUCUGCAAAAUUCUGAGAACAUUUUUCCAGUACCCGGAAAAUUC